GUCAAUGUGCUCGGCCUUCUUCCCUACGUUGCUGACUGAUAUCUCCAGCACCGCACUGCCCUCUUGGAGGGCACGCCGUCUGCAUGUCCCUACUCUUCAAAAACCUGCGCGUCCACCAAAUCUUUGGGGCGAACACCGAUGUGGGGAAGACGAUCCUGACCACCGCUCUGGUUCGCGGAUCCGCUGCGCUCAAGAAUGAGGUGUACUACCUUAAGCCUAUCAGCACGGGUCCGAUGGAGGAGGCUGAUGAUGAACACAUCAAGCGCUACAGUGGAUCGCUCAUGGAUAGAAUACACACGGAGUGCCUGUAUCGGUUCCACGUCCCCGUGAGCCCGCAUCUCGCGGCGCAGAUGGCACUGGGAGACGGGUCCGCCGAAAAGAUCGUCUCGGACAGCACUUUCGUCAACUCAGUCGCUAGCUAUGUGAGGCGGUGCGCGGGCCGGGCGGGUCCAACAGCUGCGCACAUGUACGUGGAAACGGCCGGAGGUGUCCACAGCCCCACGUUAUCGGGUGCAACCCAAGCCGACUGCUACCGGCCCCUCUUUUUGCCUACUGUGCUCAUCGGAGACUCCAGACUCGGGGGCAUCUCAUCGACCAUCUCUGCAUACGAAUCCCUCAUCCUCCGGGGUUACAUCGUAGACUCGAUCCUCCUCUUCCAGGAUACCUACUACCGCAACAGCGAAUACCUGACGCCCUAUUUUGCGGAGCGGGGUGUCGCCGUCACCGCGUUCGAUCCUCCGCCUCCCAAGUUAGAGAAUCUGAACGAGAACUACGUGUCGACUCAGCAGUACUACGACCAACUCGACAUGGCACCGGUGCUCAGCCAUUUGGACGAGCAGCAUUCCCAACGACUGGCGGAGCUAUCCUCGAUGCCCAAACGGUCGAUGGACACUUUCUGGUGGCCCUUCGUUCAGCACGGACUCGUCAAGAGCGAAGCCGACGUGACGGUAAUCGACCAUGCGACGUCGGACUUCUUCUCGGUGUACAAACCCGAUGAAUCGAGCUCUUCCCAGCUGAAGAGCCAGUUCGACGGCUCAGCUUCUUGGUGGACCCAAGCUCUGGGACACGGCAACUCUGCGCUGACGCUGGCUGCGGCGCGCGCCACUGGCCGAUACGGCCACGUCAUCUUCCCGCAGGCAACGCAUGCGCCAGCGCUGCAGCUGGCGGAAACGCUGGUGCGCGACGGGCCCGGGAAGGGGUGGGCGUCGCGCGUGUUUUUCUCGGACGACGGGUCGACGGGGAUGGAGGUCGCGCUCAAGAUGGCGCUGCGCGCGUUUUCGGUGCGGCACGGCCUGGAGGGCGCGGACCGCAAGACCGUCGGCGUGCUCGGGCUGCGCGGCAGCUAUCACGGAGACACCAUCGGCGCGAUGGAUGCGUGCAUCGAGGAGGGCGUUUACACGUGCGAAUGGCACAACGCUAAAGGGUUCUGGUUUGACCCGCCCGCCGUCUCAAUCCGCGAUGGCCGGCCCGUGAUCACUCUGCCCACCGCUCUGGCGGCCUCAGGUGACUCCACUGUGCUCAACGACGAUUUGUCAUGGAUCUACGACGUCAAUAAGCGGCUCGAAACGUCUCUGGCAUCGACAUAUCGCGAGUGGAUCACCAAGACCCUAGACGGCCUCGAGAAAGCGGGAGGACCUCGCCUUGCCGCGCUGGUUCUCGAGCCUCUGAUCUUGGGCGCCGGGGGCAUGAUCUUCGUCGAUCCGCUCUUCCAGCGCGUUCUUGUCGACACCGUCAGAGCGAGAGGCACUUCGGCCGAGCCUGGAGCAUGGCAAGGUCUGCCGGUGAUAUUCGACGAAGUGUUCGUUGGGUUGUACCGCCUCGGCAUGAAGAGCACCAUCCCGCUGCUCGGUGUCACUCCAGAUAUCUCGGUCCACGCCAAGAUCCUGACGGGCGGCAUCAUUCCACUGGCAGUCACACUGGCCACGGACUCGAUUUUCCAGGCGUUCUACGGACCGGACAAGGCGACCGCGCUCUUGCACGGGCACUCCUACACGGCUCACGUAAUGGGGUGUGAAGUGGCGAAUGAGACUCUGCGGCUGAUCGACAAAGAGGCGUCGAGUGAGUCGUGGGCUGUAGCGAAAACACGAUGGGAACCUGCCCCAGGAACUCCGAGUACGGUUUGGAGUGUGUGGGACCUGGAGUUCCUCAAAACCCUCUCGCGCAUGGACGUCGUCGAUGAGGUCAUGGCCCUGGGCACCGUUCUCGCCAUCAAAGUCAAAGACGCGGGUGGAAGUCCGUCAAAUUCCCUUUUCUCGCCGAGCUUAUUUGCUAAAAAAAGAUCCGCAGGCUACGUGUCCAUGUCGGCACAGACGAAGCUCAACUCGAUCAGGUUCGGGGACAGUGAGGAUGCGAGCACGACGUCGUUUGGGAUCCAUUUCAGGACACUGGGCAACGUUGCAUACUUCAUGACUAGUCUCAAUACCGAGCAGGAGACGGUUAGGGCUGUAGAAGACAAGAUCUGGACUGCGUUGAGCAAGUCCAGCUAAUAGACAAUUUAAAAGGCUUCGAUGGCAACAACGUCUUUGAAAGCGCCAUCCCUUUGUCAACACGCUUCUCAUUCGGGAUGUCGUCGUCCUUUGACGCUCCCAAUUCUUUAAAAAGGCGUCUAUUUUUCGACUAUUUCCCUGACAUUGCAGUCCACCAUACCAAUGAGCACCGAGCGCCAACACCGUCGAGAGGACAGUGCCUCGUCCGAGCUCACUGACAGCAGUGAUCGGGUGAGCAGUUCCUCCUUCCCUGCCGCAACCUCUCGUCAUGCCAUACGUGCAGAGCUCCAGCGCCGAGUCGCCCACCUCAACUGAAGUCGACUUCGACUUCUGCUAUGAUUCGCACCAAGCCAUACUCGUGCCGCACCACAGACCCGCAAUAAACACCAUGCCCAAGAUGCGGGACUUUGCGUAUCCGCCCACGGAUUCGCGCCACCACCGCAUGCCCACGGCCGACAGCGACUGUCUGACGAGGGAGCUGGAGGCCAUCCAGAACGAGAAGAAGCGAUCGGCUUUCCCGAAGUUCUUGAGGAGGCUCGUUCCAGUGGGUGGCCUCGGUAUCAGGUCGGUGCGACGCUAUCUCACGCACUGGGCAGAAUGCAGCGCUCUGAGCGGGCGCAGUCAAUACGGUGUAAAAACAAUUAGUAAUAGCACUCUCUGUACUUAGUAUAUUUAGAGAUGAUUGGAAUGAACGUGUCCGGGACAUCGUUCCCCAAGUCGAGGUCGACAACCAA